UUAUAUUUACUCGAACGCAAUUGGCUGUCUGACUUCCGCAUUUUUUGUUUUUUUUUGGGCAGGAAAGCAUGGCUGGAGAACCGUGGAAUAGAGUAAAUAUUCCCUUUCCCGGUGCCGUUUCUAGUGUCCGUAUACAUUUCGGGUCAACUACAGAUGCAAACGUCAAAGCCCUGUUGGUGGAAAACGAGAAGGUGCUUAAGCUAAUUCGGAGUGAGAUUCUUCAAACGGAGAUACGAGUUCUCUACGAGCUGCUGUACAUCCUAAAUAACAGCUCCAGAGGCAUCAAGACGUUCAAAGGCUUGAAGCAGGUUGAACAAUGCAUACACAGGCUGAAGAGCAUGAAGCUUGAUGUUGCUCUUCAGGAGCUGACAGAUCUGUGUCCCAAUAGAAUUCAAAGAGAACUGAGCAUCAAGGCUGGUGAGUGUGAUGUUCCCAGUGAACCCAUGCUGGAGUGGCUCUGUCUCAAAGUGCUGGGAGCUGCCCAGCUGAUGAGCUGCACAUUGAAUCGCUGCAGCAGAGCUUUCACACUCUCAAAGCAGCAGAUGAAAUGGGAGGAGUUUGUUAUCUUGAAUGUGGUGAUAACCAGCAUGCUCAGUCGUCUCUGGGUGAUUUUCCGUGGUAUCCUGGUCAGUCUGUCGACUCUAUAUCAGCAGCUCCUGGAGCUCCUCAGAGAAGUAGCAAAUGCCCAGCCCAUGCCCUUCCUCACAGACUUCUCCCUGCCAGCAGAUAUGGCUCAGUUCCUGGGUCCCUCUGAUGCAUUUUUACUGACCAAACAGCCAGCACAUGAUCCCCAUGCCAAAGACCACACAGAGAAGGAGCAGCAGGAACAGAGGAGGAAGAAAUCUUCUGUUAAAGUCAAGAACCAGGGGCAGGCGAGGAAGGUUAAAGAAGACCUGGGUGUUGCUGUUGAAAGAGGUAUAGUUCUUGACACUGACAUGAAGCCUUUCCUCGAGGUUUUCAGGAACUUUACAGAGGGCAAAUCCUUCCCACAGGAAACGCACAAGGCUGACAAGAAACACAAGUUCAGGAAACAAGUGAGAGAGGCUACUACUUUCACUGACAUGGCAACCCAUCUAGAAGAAAUGAUCCUAUGGUGCAAAGCCCAGAAGAUGGAAAAGGAAAAACGGCUCUUAACCUUCCUGCAUUUAAAGUGCCAAAGGAUGAAAUGCCUAGAGGCAGCAGGUUACAACUUCCAGAGGAAGUUGCGGACCUUCAGACAGGAAGCUUGCUGGGCUUCAUCUCCUCAAGGGUCGGUGCCAGGAACCUGUCGUUCUUCUGCUGCAACGAGGAGACAUGAUCGCCGGAGAACUCGUUUUCAGUCACUCAGGAGUCAGUUCAAGUCCUCGGCAAUAAGAACUGGUGUAAAAAAAAAACAUCUAAAGAGACAAAGGAAGAGGACUGAGUUAUCAGUGUCUGGACUGUCAGUGAAUGACCGAAGAAACAGGACUACAUACCAGGCGACAUCUCAGACCACCGACUGUAACAUCCAUGAUGACAUAGAUGAUAUAUUUGCUUCUGUAGGUUUGUGACACUCUGGAAUUAGACACACCCAAGGAAACAAAUUACUGUAUGCAGCUGAGCUCAUUAUAUGACACAAAGCUGGAUGGAAUUUAAUGUGUAAUGAAAACUGGUGAUUGGGCAUCGUAUGAAUGUUUUACAGGUAGUAAAGAGCAGCAGCUGAUUGCACAGUAUACUGCUAUACUAUCUGACACUGAGCCUAAGCUAAGCCUAAGCCUUGUUUUACUGACCUCUUCAGGUUUACAGUUUAGAGUUUGUUACAUAAGGCAUCACAACAGGGAUGUCAGGAUGCAUUAACUUAAGAACUACAAACCCUAGAGGCCAGCUGGUGUGAAGUUACUUUUAAAGCAUAAAGUAACUUUUAAAGGUGAUGAUUUUUAAUGUUUUUUAAGUUAGUGAUUGCUUAAUGAUGAAAUUUGAUGAACUUGGAUUGUUCCUGCACACUGAAGCCAUAGUUGUAUGGCACUAAACACCAAAUGAGGCUUUAGCCCCUUUCAGACCUUCACUCCUCUGCUGGCUACAGCACACACAGUGAAGACAACACUGCUGUAUAAUAACAUACCAUUUCUUAUGCACAGUGAAAUAAAAUCAGUUUAAUGGACCAUGA